UCCGCACACACCUCUAGGAGGGAUUCCGUCAGAUUCUGUAUGGCAACAGCAUGCGUGUGUAGGGGGGCAGGAGAAGGUUUACAUCUUUAAGGGGUGUAGGGACGCUGCCUUAGAUGGGAAACAACAAGCAAGUACCCAGGCUGUGCAGAGAGACACCCUGCUGCAACUGAGCUGCACAUGCUUUAAUGUGGUUGUAAAGCAAGGCAGUGGGUGCAGGAUAAGAGAAUUAGCCUCAGGAGCAGAUUGCCACUGCAGGAUUUUCUCUCUUCAUCCAUCUUCCACCCAGAUCCUUGUCUACAAAACAAAUCCCAUUCGGGAGCACCAAAAAUCAGGGUUACUCUUGACAAUAAAUGAGGAAACACCAUGUUGACCAGCAUAGCAGAACGUAUAAUGUACUGCCUGACAGGCAAAACACCAAAUUCUGUAGCUCCAGCAGAUAUAUCAGAGAGCAGCGAUGGUUACGAUUUUCUGGAGGUGAAGCCAGGCCGUGUUGUACGAGUACGACACAUUUUGCCUUCUCGCCCUGGAGGUGGAGAGGUGGAGGAAGUGAAGAACUCAGAAAAAGGCCUAAUUCACUGCAAGAGGAGGAUAACUGUCUAUCGCAAUGGUCAGCUAGUGAUAGAAAAUCUUGGUGCCACCCUUCGUUCUGAAAUCUUACAUUGCCGCAAUGGGAACACAGAGCCAGCUGGAACACUGGAGGUGGAGCUUUCAGAUUACACAAGUACAGGCAAUGAUGGCGGAGGAGGAAAAGAGAGCGACGUUCCUCCCGGCAGACGCAGAAAACGCAAGCCAAAGAAAGUGGUGCUAGUGGAUUGCCAAAGACAAGUCAGCAGCUGUAAGGGCACAAAUUCUGAUGUAGUUCUGUUCUUCAUUCAUGGUGUUGGAGGGUCUCUUGAUAUAUGGAAAGAACAACUGGAUUUCUUCUCUAAACUUGGCUAUGAGGUAGUAGCCCCAGAUUUAGUUGGACAUGGUUCAAGUGCAGCUCCACAAAUUGGGGCAGCUUACACCUUCUAUGCUCUAGCAGAGGAUAUGAGAUGCGUUUUCAAACGUUACGCCAAGAAAAGGAACAUCUUAGUGGGACAUUCAUAUGGGGUCUCUUUCUGUACCUUUCUGGCCCACGAGUAUCCUGACUUAGUCCACAAGGUGGUUAUGAUCAAUGGUGGUGGACCCACAGCCCUUGAACCCAGCCUCUGCUCCAUCUUUAAUAUGCCCACUUGUGUGUUGCACUGUUUGUCUCCUUGCCUUGCGUGGAGCUUCCUCAAGGCUGGAUUUGCUCGACAAGGUGCCAAAGAGAAACAGCUCUUACGAGAGGGCAAUGCCUUCAAUGUGUCAUCUUUUGUGCUCCGAGCAAUGAUGAGUGGCCAGUAUUGGCCAGAAGGUGAUGAGGUUUAUCACGCAGAGUUAACUGUCCCUGUGCUGCUUGUGCAUGGAAUGCAUGACAAAUUUGUCCCCCUAGAAGAAGACCAACGGAUGGCAGAGAUCUUGCUAAUCACAUUUCUAAAGGUCAUAGAGGAAGGCAGUCACAUGGUCAUGCUAGAGUGCCCGGAAACUGUUAACACUCUACUUCAUGAGUUCUUCUUAUGGGAGCCAGAGCUGCAGAACUCAGGUGUAGAAGAAGUUGUGACCCAGGAAGCUGUGAACGAAUGAGGA